CUCUAAAAUCUGUUUUCAGCCGGUGGAUUUUGCUCGACGCACAAAAUAAAGUACACCCCUCUGGCAGCGCGGAGAUGUCGUGGAGCUUUUUAAACUGGAGCCUGGUAGAUGUUUUGUGGUUCUUUUUGGCUUUGGCUUUUCUUUUAGCCUAUUGCAUCCAUAAAAUUUCAGCAAAAAAUAAUGAAUCAAAGGACUUCUUCGUGUUAUUCCAGGAUCUUAUUCGCUACGGAAAAACUAAAAGCCUCAAACGAGCCAAUUGGCUGAGACUGUUUGACGUCCCAAAACGGUGGUUUUGGCAUUUCUACAUUGUCUCUGUUUGCUGGAACGGGUUUCUUUUGUUUGUAAAUUUAAACUUGAUCUACCAUCGGCAAUCUUACCCAUCAUGGCUGAUUGCUAUAUUAGAUGUGUUGUCAGGUGUUCCCCGCCCUGACAGUCAGGUCCCACAGCUGUCCACGGCUCUGGUGCAGCUGCUGGUGUGGCUCCACUCCCUUAGGAGGCUGCUGGAAUGCCUGUUUGUCAGCAUUUUCUCUGAUGGGGUCAUGCAUGUAGUGCAGUAUCUGUUUGGCCUUGGAUAUUACAUUACACUGGGGUUGACAGUUCUCUGUGUUGACCGGAUUGGAAAAGGAACCGCCUCUCUCUCGCAGGUGGACUGGCUUCAGGUGACUGGAUUUGUCCUCUUUAUCUGCGCUUCGCUGCUGCAGCAUCAGUCCAUAGUCCUUCUGGCCGGACUGCGGACCGGAAAAUCAGGAGCAGUGGAGACGUUUGCUCAUCGAAUGCCAAAAGGAGGCUGCUUCCAGUUGGUGUCGUGCCCUCACUACUUUGCAGAGCUGCUCAUCUACGUCUCUCUUGGCUUUGUCUUUGGUGGACUGUCUUUGACAUGGUGGCUGGUGGUUCUCUAUGUGUUCUUCAACCAGGCGCUGGCCGGACAGCUGAGUCAUGAGCUUUACGUUAGCAAAUACCAGUCAUAUCCAAAGGACAGAAAAGCCUUUAUCCCGUUUGUGCUUUGAGAGCUCUGACUUUUUCUAACUCUCUGGGCUCAUCUGUAGGACUGGAAAGUUCUAGAAAAUGUCAGGUCUACUUCACCAUUAAACAACAAGAAGAGCUUUUACGAUUUACUGUUCAUUGUUUUGUGUGUGUUAAUAGAGGACUGGGUUUUUCUCUCAUUUUUGUCUGUAUUUUUUUUAUUUUUUACUGUAAAGUGCUCCAAGCUGUAUGAGAGAAGUUUGGGAAGCAAUUUCUUUUUUUAUAAAUAAAGUUUGAUUUGAUAAAACAGCUUGAAAUAUGGAAGAACCGCCAUUGGACUGAUGAGUGUCUUUGCAGGUUACUUCGCCUGUCAGGGGUCUAUGUUCACAUGUGGAUAUUUUCACUUGAAAUCACUUUUCAUGGCAGCAGAAAGUUUCAUCAUUAAUAAUUCCAGUUCUGCUUUGCUUGUUGUUUUACUAUAACUGAAGAUUUUUAUUGUUUGGAACAGUCCAGGUUGAACAGCGCCUACACCCAACAGGAGCUGGGAUAGGCUUCGGUGACCCCGUGACCCUGAAAGGGACUGAGCAGGUUUAGAUGAUAGAAGGAUGGUUGGAUAACCAACUGUGCGAUAUCUCAGUAACAGUACGCUGUAACACUGGAGUUUUGAAUCAGAAGAGCUCAUGAAUUAAAAACAAGGAAAGAAGAUGAAGCAUGUCUUUGUCGUCAUGAGAGGUGAAACGAAGAAGGUGUUGAGUCUAAGGUGUCAGGGGAAGAGUCUUAGAGGGAGACUGUCAUGGUUACCCCCCCCCCCCCCCCCCAUGCUGUUCCCUCCUGACUCACAGGAGACUUGUCUAAACUGGAAACUUUGUGCAGCAGGUUAUGAACUGCACAGAAUGUUUUCAUUAAUGCUUUUUGUGGAGUAACAUGCCUUCAUCAAAAAUAUUGGCUGUAUUUUAGGCAAGAAAUAAUAAUAUCCCUAAUAUAAAUUUUAUUUUGUAAAAUGUGUUAAUAAGCAUGUCUGAUUUUUAUUGAAUUUUUCACACUCCUUAAAGGAAAUGUUUUUUAUUUACUAAAUGAAUGUGAACACUAGAAAGAAAAUCAGAGCUGUUAUCCAUAAAAUGUAAACAUUAAAAAUAUUGUUUCCUUUGAUA